CUCUUAAGGAUAACAUAAAAAUUAAAGAUGGUAACCAUGACGAAAGAAUUGAGCUCCAAAGGCAAAGAGAAAAACCAGAAAGGUAGUACCAAAAAGGAGCUGAAAGAUCAACCUUAUAUUACCGACGAUAGCCACGUUAAUCAUAACAAAUCUGAUACUAAGACUAAGCACAAGAACAAAGCGGGCAAGAAUAUGAAAGAAGGUAACGGAGAAAGCGCAGGGAGUAGAGUUCAGCAACAAACGAAUAUUCCGAGCGAUGACACAAAAGAGAAAAUAAAUAUCGUCGACGAAAGCAGCUCGAUGGAAUUUUCAAAAUCAUCGGACACUCAAAAGACUCCGUUGGAAAAUAUAAUUGAGAGACCAAGCGUGACUACGAAAGCCGAAAACACGACAAGACAGAAAGACACGUCGAAGAAAGAACCAUCAUCGAAGAGCAAAACAAAGUCGAAGGAAUUGAAGCUUGAAGUCGAGGGUAAUAAUAAAAAUCGGGAGAAGUUGGAAAAUAGUGUUAAAGAGAUGCUCAAAAAUAGUUCUCCCGAAUCCAACAAAUCGCUGGUUGAUACUGAAGUCAAAGAUCCGGAGCCAAAAGUGCUCGACAGCGCAAAAGUUGUUGAGGUAAACGGCAACGUGAAAGGUAAAGCUAAUUCGCACAAAAAAGAUAAAGCCUCAAAAGGUAAAAUAGAAACAGAAGUCAUUAUCGAUCUUACGUCAUCGACAGUGCCAACAAGCGAAGUUUUAAAUAAAACAAAAAUUUUAACGUGUUCAGAUAACACAGAGAAAGUGAUUGUCCCGAAACUAGAGCAAAUAACCGAAGAAAUUUCGAGAAUUAUAGAGACGCCAACAACAGUUAUUAAGGAAACCGAUUUUAAAGAAGAGCCCAAGGAAAUCGUCUUGUCGCCUAAAAUAAAUUGGCAAACUGAAGAAAUAAUACAAACUGAUAUCAUACAUAAGAAUGAUAAAAUAGAGCGCUAUGAAAGUGAAACUAAGGAGUCGAUUGAAAACAAAAGAAUAGAGUAUCGUCAAACGGACGAUAAAUUAAAAAUAGAAAGGGCAAUGUCCCCAGAGAGUCCGGAGAAAAUAGGUGAGAAUAAAGCUUUCAUUAGUGAUACAAACGAUGAAAAAACUGAGAAGCGAGAAACGGAGAAAGGUCAGACGAAAACAGGCAAACAGAAAAGAUCCGAUAAAACGAAGUCUAAUACGCAAGAUACAGAUAAACUCAAGAUAGACUCUUCAUCUAAAUCUCUAAUCGAACCUAUAGCGGAAACUUACGCCCAACCAGCAGAGGAAACACAUUUCGCUAAAGAAAACGUGUCGGUAAGCGACAACAGCUAUCUUACUCAGUCCAAAUCGGAUGCCAAAGGCACCGACGUUAAAACGUCUGUUAAAACAGACGAGAAAGGAAUGACGGUGAAUGUUCAAGAUAAUAAACGCGCGCCAGAGGCUACGUCAAAGAAUAAGAAAAAAGGUAGGUUAAAGGAUAAGUCGAAGGACGCUCAACAGGCACGUAAUACGAAACGCAAGGAAUUAAAAUCAAAAGAUGAAAUCAACACAGGCUCAUUAACACAACGAAUUUCAUAAAUACAAACCUACCUCGUCAAAACACAAAAAAUAUGCGAUACACAGCAAAAGAUAGGCACAACGUGGCAAAUGUGCACUAACUUAUAUUAGGUGAAGUA